CUCACAUCGUGUUCAUAAUCAUGAGUGUAGAGACCUUGUAGGGAGAUCUCAAUGCAUAACUAGGGACAUUUUAAAGUAACACAUGGCGGCACUGCGGCUGAGUGAAGGGGUCGAGAAUCGCGUGCCCGGCCGCCCAUUGUUAUCCUUGUCGAACGUAAUGGCCGCCAGAGAGUUUGUUGACGCUCUUCCGUGGUUCCGUUUAGUACGCGUAAACGAAUCCGCGCGAUAAAUCAAUAAAACCUGCAAUUUUUGAAGAGAUAAUAAGGGUUAGGGUUUGUAGUUGAAAGUCUGCGUGCGAGAUAGUUCAAUUCCAAAUAAUAUGCAGUCAUAAUGCUGUGAAACGCAAGGCCAAUGCUCGCUUGGUAUCAGAGACGUCUACCGGACUCAAACAUUCUCUGACAAGUGCCUGGCUCCAGCGCCCUAGCCGAGGGGUUACAAACGAUCACCGGUACGGUAUUUUUCGCAUGUAACGUUCCGAACUGUCGGCCGGAAAAUAAUCCACUGGCAAAGAUAAGUGUUUGAGGAGAUUUUUUAGUCGACUUCAUGGUCAACCCAUGCCUGGGAAUUUGGGAUGCUGCCCACCUUGAUGCUCGUUGGCCGUUGGCCUGUGUAGCCUUUUGUUAACGGCCCAGCAGGUGUAUAUUUGCUAAUUUUUUAUUUUUAAUGUGAUAACGAGUCUACCGGAAUGCAGAUUAUGGAUAUAGACUCAAAAAAUCAUCGAGAAUAACGGAGUAGAUGCAUAAACUAUACAAUAGAGAUUACCACACCACACGAAGCUGUUCACUUUAGAUCCUGUGUCGGAGACUUGUGAGCCAUAUGAGGAACGUCUCGAAUCAAGAAAAUUCCGUUGCCUGCAUUAGAGUCCCCACACCAGGGUAACUCAACAACAAAAAGAAGACAAUUGAUGGACUUCCAUUUGUGAUCCACGAUCAUUUUCUAGAGAAUGCAAGAAAGUUUAAGGACACCAGCAGCUCAACUGUGGAACCAAUAACAGCCGACUUUUAGUAGUGGAGUGGCUAAAUCUAUACACACGACACCGGUAUGAUCAAAAACGGCACCUCAAUGGCCCUGGAAACGAAUGGUAGCAACGUCGUGUGGUUAAGCUCAUCAGCGCCUGAUCAGAUACAGCAGCAUCUAAUAAAAAAGGACCCGCUCCUGGUCGAAUCAGCCGAAGAGCAACGUCAUCUGCAGCAACAGGAACACAGGUAUCAACGAAGUCUGAUUAAAAUUCCAAAUCAUCAAACUCAACAAAUAGGACAACCAGUCAAGUGUUCUAUGUUUACGCAGACCGAACAAACUAAUAGCUUCACACAAACAGAGCAGAGCGGUUCCAGCUACAACGAUCAGCGACAGCAAGCCACGAUGUUUGACCCUCAACAAAUUCAACAACAGCAAGCUCCACAAGGUCAGCAGUCUCAGCAGCAGCAACAAUCACAGCAAAUGUACGUGACAGGGGCAGAGAAAAAAGAAGAUAAGCCAUCAGCUACAUCAGAGUUCCCAUUUUACUAUAACGUGAAUAUGCUGCAGAAAGUUCAAACAAAUGCAGUUAGCACUAUCGGUGCGAUCACAACUGAUGACAAAGGGUGUUAUCGGUUUGACGUUCAGCCUGUUGGUUAUAAUACAUUAUUGAAUCAAAUGAGUAUAGCGGCAGCAACGAACGCUACGUUCAAAUGUGACAUUUGUGGUCUAGUUUUUGGACAUAUGAGUUUACUGAAUCAUCACAAAAGAAUCCACAACACAACUCCGAGCAACCUCCAACAACAACCACAGCAAGUUGUUCAGACACCAACAACAGUUACUGUGGCUAGUACACAGGAUCGGCCUUACACGUGUGACGUAUGUGGAGCCUGUUUUGCCCUUCCUGGAGAAUUAAAGAGCCACAAAACAAAUAUGCAUCAAAAACCUAAGGUGCAAAUUUGUGAAGAUUGCGGUAGUGAUGAGCCUUGUGAACACCAUCCUACAAAAGUAAAGAAAACAAUUAAACCAGGCCAUCAUCCUGUGAAACGGCGCGGGGUUACCAGUGUAACAAAAUGCCACAAGUGCAAUGGAACUGGGAUCAUAUUCAUCGGCAAAGACGAGGAUAAACUAAAUUCUGGGAUCAGUUCACUCGCCAAGUGUGGUGGCUGCAAGGCGACAGGUCGAGUCACCAUUGGAAGUGGAAAGCAAAACAGUCAGAACCAGCCUGAAAAACCUUUCCAUUGUAACGUUUGCGACGGAACGUUUUCCCGAUAUUCGUCUCUGUGGUCCCAUAAGCGACUUCAUUCUGGCGAUAAACCAUUUAAAUGUGAAGUCUGUGGUUUAGCAUUUGCAAAAGCGGCGUACCUGAAAAAUCAUGGUCGUGUUCAUACCGGAGAAAAACCAUUCAAGUGUAGUGUUUGUGGAAUGCAAUUUUCACAAAGUCCACAUUUAAAAAAUCACGAACGAAUUCAUUCCGGUGAACGCCCUUAUCAGUGUGAAGUUUGUGAAAAAACAUUCGCUAGACAUUCAACGCUUUGGAAUCACAGGAGGAUUCAUACUGGUGAAAAACCGUAUCGAUGCAAUAUUUGUGGUUCGGCAUUCAACCAGGCUACUCACCUCAAAAACCACGCUAAAGUUCAUACUGGUGAAAAACCACAUAGGUGUGACAUUUGUGAGAUUGGUUUCUCAGAUCGUUUUGCUCUGAAACGUCAUCGUGCGAUUCAUGAAAAAUACGGUCAAACAGCAAGGAAUCAGAACAGUAACAGUGCAAACAGUGCGCAGCAAGCCAACACAAGCAAUCAGCAACAACAGCAACAAGCUCAGCAACAAGGUCAACAAUCCCAACAAGUUGUAGUUGUUAAUUCAGCAACGCCGGUGACUGUUAGUCAAGGUCAAGGGCAAGGUCAAAGUCAAAGCCAAGUGAUGAAUACAGAAGACGAGAUGGUAGAUAUUGGUCUACAGACGGCUGAAUUGUGUGACACAAUUUUGAAAACAGAAGACUUUGAUGGUCUUGAAUAAUGAAUAAUUACUGAUUAAUUAUUAGCAGUGAAAAUGUAAAAGUCAGAGAAUACGUAUAGAAGAUCGAUUUACUUUCAACUAUCAAAUCAUGAACAUUUCGAUCUUCUAUCCAUUAUUCAAAGCAAUGAAUGAUAAAUUGGUCUUGUCAUGGUAAGUCGAAUAUUUUUCAAUGUAUAUAAAAUUAACGCCUUUUUAGUGUCUCGGAGUAGGGAAAUAACUUUUUUGACAAUGUAAACACUUUCUUUCUUUCUUCGAACGUUCUUGACGCAGUUAGCGCUUUUUCUUAAUUAUCAUUUUUAUAUAAAAUAAUUCGCAAAACUGAUAGUUCUAACAAACUUUGUCAUUGGCAUAGAUUGUCAUGUAAUCAUAUUGAGUAGGUCAAAUGUCAUCCACGGGGCUUCCACUGAUGUAUUUGAUGAAAAACUAAUUUUAACUGUUAUAGAUAAUAUUUAUAAGAACAGUAUUUGUAAGAUUUACACCUAAAAUAAGUUCGGAUCAAUUAUUUUUCAACCAUUUCCCUGCUGUUCAAACAACGUAAAGAUAACAUAAUUCCUGUAAUUUCUCUAAACAUAUGUUUGUACACAAUUGCACCUUACAACGUUAAUUAAUAUGAAAAAAGACUGCACGUUGAAGGAAUAUUAAAAAUUCAUAACAGAAGUAAUAAAUCUACGUUACGUCAUUACACAGUUUCUUCCAAAUAAAAUUCACCCACGUGAUAUACAAUUGAAGCAAGUUUUUCAUUAAUUUUACAGAAUUGUGUCUGUCAUAAACUUCGUUUUAUUUAUUAAAUUUUUUUCUUGCAUUUGUAUUUCGUGUCUCCAAUUGUAAAUUAUAUUCUUUUUUGUAACAAUUGAAAGGUACUGGAGCUAUAAACGUGAACGAUUUGUACUGUCAUUUUUCAUGCCAUAUUAUUUUUGUGACACAUGUGCAUAAAAUAAAGAUUUCUUGACAAGUGUAAAGUGCCACACAAGCCGAAGGUGAAUACGAACUCAUACGGGUCAAGAAGUCCCUGUAUGCGCACAUGUCACAAAUCCUAUUUUCUAUGCUACCUCCUGUAAAAAACUACAACGUAGUCAAGUUGUUGCCUGCGGCAGCGCAGCAAACAUUUUUAAACCUUCAAUGCUCUUACUUUUGAUAUUUGUUAAUUUGCAGUUACAUAACAAUUUAAUUCGAGUAAUGUAAAACAAAUACAAUAGCAAAAAGACCCAAUUGAAGAUCCACGUACAUACAAUAUGACAGUCAGAAGUUGUUCUAUAAUCAAAUCAUGUACAUUUUAUCUUUUUUCAGAAUGAAAUAAAAUAUUAAUUCUACAUAUAUUAUUUCAUGGAAGUUACAAACUGAAUUUGAGUUCUCUACGGAAGGAUAUUAAAAAUUUGCUCACCAUCUUCCCACAAUUAAAAAUUUUACAGACACUAAGAACAGGCUAAAUUGAUCUCAGUUUCCCGCAUAUCAUCACAUGUGAAUCAUGAAGCUGCGGAUACUACUUACAGAAGAUUGGAUUUGUGCUCUUGAAAAUUACAAACAAGGUUGAAAUUUACUUGUGAAUAAUAUAAUUGAAAAAUUUAAAAAGACUUUAGAAAGACUGUCACCAGUCAUGGACAUUUCAAAGCGGUUAUUUUUCUUUUCUAUUCAACCUAAUCUAUAGAAGAUAUAGAAAAUUUUUUACUUUCAAUUUCCUUCUGUAUUUAAAAAAAAAACAGAUAAAAAAAAUAAAUAAAAACGAUUGAUACCUACCAGACCUCCUAGACCCUCCAUAUGAUAUUAGUACAGCGAUUACUGCUUUUAUUACUGAUGUAUGAGAAUCAAAUUAUGUCGCAUUUUUAUUUGUGGCGUGUCUAAGAGUUCAGUUUCCUUCCCAAUAGUACGACUUAUUUGAACAUGCUGGAAUUUGGAUUUCGUAGGUUUGGUUACUCAAUUUGUAGUAGAAAUUGCAUAGUUACACAUCUUUGUGAAAAAGGUAUCUCGUGUUCCUAAACCGUUGUUAUAGUAUCACCAGCAAUAUGUAAGAAAAUGAUCGAUAUUCACAAGUAUAGCUUUGCCUUUGUAUACCAUUUUAAUUGGAAAAUUCUAAAUAUUAACUUAUUGCAGUAAACAAUAAUACCAAAUGUCAAUUCAUGAUUCAUGUCAGAAACAUGCUGGUCUUUGAUGAUAGUAAUUAUAUAGACACAUAUGAUAUGGAAAUUUCUAUACUCCACAGAUAUUCCAACUACUUGUACCAAGAUCGACUGACAUUUUACCACCAGAAAUCGUCACUGACUUUGAAAAUAGGGUAACGAUGUGACUCAGUGGGGCUCCUUUGUUAAAUAACCAUCUAAUGAAAAUAUUCUAGCAAAUGGCAAUUAAUAUCUACGUAAUAUGCAAUGACGACACAUUAUCCUAAAAAAGAUAUGGGUGUAUAUAUAUAUACACAUACAUACACACACAUGUAAAUUCAUGAAAAUUGCAAUAUCAAUAUUAGUUUAUUAAUAACAGACUUUCGUUGCUGUUUAAAAAAAUCUAGAAUAAUUGGGCUCUGACAUAUGGAUUACAAUAGAAUAUAGUUUGUAAUAAUAGUUUGAUAAGUUAGCCUUAUAUUGAUUUUUAUAUUCACAAUUGUUAUAGUUAUGGCAGUGUACUAUGACUUGACUCACAAACAUUCACUAUACGAUUGUCAGAAUUUUAGAAUUAAAGAUGAUCAAUCACCACAUGCGAUGAUGUCAAGUAGCUUUAAUAUCACUAUCCGAAUGAAUAUAUAGUUAAAUGUACAGUCAAAACAUCGAAAAAGUAAGAUAAUUUCUUAGUUUGUACAAGUAUAACUACAUCUAUGACGAAUUUAUAAAACGUCGGAGUAUGUAUCCAAUACCUAUGAUGAUAUUUUUUUUAGAUUUUAACUGGUCGCCUCUAAAAAUGUCAGCCAAAGUUUUCAAAUUCCGACUUGAUUUUUUUAUUCAAAUCAGAUCAACAACAUCUGUAUUUCUCUUCAUCAUGUAUAACUCAACACAAAUGUUGAUGAUAAAAUUUAAUAGAAAGGACGGCUAAUUUUGCAUUGUGUUCAUUCACACUAAAAUAUAAAAAAAUAAAUAAAAAAAACAGGUCGAAACUAUCAAUUCUGAAGUGAAGGUCUCAGUGUUUGAAAUAUGAAUGCGGUUUUUUUUUAUCUGCAUGUUCGAAAUGUUGAUGAAAACCGUGGUUACUCGCUUAACAUCGGUCUCUAAUUUUUUUCUGUAGUUAGUCACAAUGUUUUUUGGCUUAAGAACAUAGGGUGAAUGUGCUGAUGGUCAGCUACUUCAAAAAGUAGACCCUGUGGAUGGGCACUAUUAAACGAAUGGUUGGCCACAGCUAUUUGAUUACGGAAAUUUAUUACGUGUCAACUCAUUGCAAAGGAAUUACGUUAUAAAAAUACAAAUCUAAACUAACAAAACAAUGUACAUGAUUACGUAAAAAAUGUAUAUUUACAAAACUACUCAUAAAAGAUGAUAAGUAUGGAUCACAGACGUAUAUUACAGGACUGGCAACUCCCUAUAUCAGCCUUGUCAUAAUUGGUCCCCCUUAUUGUCGGCUAGUUCCGCGUUGUAUUGUCGUUUUGACUAUGGUGCGCUGACAGUCAAUUCGCAUGGACGAUAAACAUAAACGUGCAAACAAACGAACAAACAGACUUCGAAGUACAUUGGAUCUUUCAAAUACGAUUAACAGCGUGUUUAUUUUAGUUUUCAUUUCAAGAAAAUCGAUUGUCGACACCUUAUUAGUUAAAAAAUUAAUAAAGAAGGGCUAAAUACUGUCAGCGCUAUAACAGUAAAAGCCCGUACUAACAGACCAUAAGUAGGCGCGAUAUUGCCGGGAGUUGUCAGUUCUCUACUAAUAUACGUCCGUGGUAUGGAUGAAGUGGAUACAUUUUUAUGGUUACGGAUAAGAAGUGUACACCUAAUGGGAAACCACACUGCCAACUCUUGAAGCUUGAUGGCAGCACCAUCGUUGGUUCAAAAUUCAAAUUCAAGCAUACAACAUUACGUUAAAAUUUAUUUUCCUUUAUAGAAGAUCUUUUUUCUCCAAUUGGAGAAAAGCACCAUGGCAAAUUAACCUGUUUAAAUUCUUCGAUCGUCCACACAAAAUACUUUUUCAUUUUGGAACACCGGAAUUUCGCGGCAAAGUAGACCAAUGAUUGUGCGUCACCUGCAAUCAGCUUGACAACUGUGUUCCCCCAUUAUAACAGAAGGUGAACUAAAUGGAUGAUGAUCGAUUUCGCAGAAAUCAGUUCUACAGGGUAAAUGUUAUACAGACUCGUUUCUACAGAAAUUUUUCUACAGAAUAUUUUCCUACAGAAUGGAAUUCGAGAUCCACAUCAGAAAUAAUCCUACAUGAAUUAUUCUACAUGACAAUUAUUGUACAAAAUUUUUUCUAUAGAACAGUUUUAUAGCUUCACACAUCCAACACAAUAUCUGUUUGACACAACACACACACAUAAAUUCAACACAAAUAAUUUAAAUCAAAUUGAAUCAAAAUGUAUAAAAUCGAUGAUUGAAUGUAUGAUUUUGACAAUUCGAUGAUUACUUUGAAUGUGUACUGUGUUAAUCACAAUUUGUAGAAAAAUGUUGUGUAGAAAAAUUUUCUGUAGAAAAAUACUUUUGUAGAACAAUUUCCCAGUAGAAUAACUCAUGCAGAAUUAUUUCUGAUGUGAAUCAAAUUCCUUUCUGUGGAAAAAUAUUUUUGUCGAAACAAGUCUGUAGAACAUUUGAUCUGUAGAACUGAUUUCUGUAGUAUUGAACCACAUUCAACUAAAUAAGUGGGCAACCAUUUCUAAUCUAAAGGUGACUACUAGCACAUUCGCCCUACAUACAAUUCUUUUCUAUUUCGUAUCUGCAUUUUGCAUGUGUUUUAACUUUAAUUUAAUGAGGUACAAUAAGCUGAUCUUAUUCUAUCAGCAAGAUUUUACAUUCUCUGUCAAGUAUUUUACAUACCCCAUAUACAUAUAAUUAUGAAGCUGAAGAUAGCAGCCAAACGUAUUAAACUAUUUGGAAAUAGAAAUAUGCAGUUCCGUUUUAUCCUCAUAAUUCUAUUAAAGUAUUGGGGAUUCAAGAUAUUUCAUAAGAUUUUGAUUUUCUGUCUUAAUCACGUUAUUCGAAUGAACAUUAGAACGUUUGGCUGCUCAUUCUGGCUGCUGGUUUCAAUCUCGUUAUAUGUUUACGUGCAGAGGCAACUGUUAUAUCUGACAAUGAUUUGUAAAUUAAAUAUUAUAGUCAAUUUAGGUGGUCAUAAUGCCUGUUGCAGUAUUUUGGGUUAGAAUAGUGGUUACCUAAACUUUGGUUUUUCUUAAUGCUGUUACGCUUACAUUGGCAUACCGGACAACAAAUUUUUCAACAACCUUCAUUAUUAGUUCAAGGUUUAUUGAAGACAGAAUCUUUACAUUCCAGGUUGAGAUGUAUGCUUACAACUAAAAGGACUACAUCUUUCGGUUUGAUGGGCACAAAUUUAAUCUAUCCAUAGCUCCUCUAGUUUUUAUUAUAGUUUCACGGAAUUUCGUGAAUUUUAAUAACUUGGGAUUAUGUAAUUUUUAAUAACAUAUAAAAAUCAUGCCACUUAUGACACCUAUAAAAAUAACGUAUCAGUUCUAUUGGGUAACUUCCAGACCUGGUCCUUCGAUUCUUAAGGAAGUCAAGUUUAAGUCCGCUGAUUAACAAAACCUAAUGCGUUGACUGAAGAUAUGUAAAAAAGUUCUGCCCUGGGCUAAUAUUGCUUCUGGUUGGGUGGGUUGAGGGGUAAAUGUUGCUCUGCAUGUACCGACCCGUCUUGUGGGAUCCCAAUGUUAAAUCGAGAAGUCUCCUUAAAUUUUCUCCCGGCUGUUCAUCUCCCCAAAUCAUGUAUUUAACCGUGAAGCAAAGUCUAUAAGGUUAGCAGUCUGUAUGCAUCUUCAGUAAACGUUUGAUGUGGUCAUGUAAUCAUAUAGGUAUAUAGCUCAUGCUAUAACUGUCGUGACUAACAAUAAAGUCAAAACUUGUUUACUGAUCUGUGAAUCCCGGAAGAACAUUAAGAAUAUCUAUUUGCUGAACAAUAAGGCUCCGUAUUGCACAAGUUUCAGCAUGUGGUUGAAAAAUAUAAAAAUAAAUUUUAUCACCCUUGCUUAGACCACCGUGAAAUCCGCUUAUAACACAAAGCUUGAAAAUUCAUUUUCCAACUAUUCCAUUGAACCAGCUUGUUCUUUCGUAAGAGCCAAUCCAACCUAUUCAAGCAUUAAUACAAUUCUUUAUAUGAGUAUAAUGUAUGAGUAUCUUAUAUUUUUGGCUCCGAAACGUGUAUUAAGAAUCAGUAAUAUUUUAUCUAAAUUCAUUAAAAGCUAGAAAAUAUCGGAGGUUUAUGCAUCAAACAAGGGAAUUAUCACCAAUUUUAACCAAAAUAAUCUGAGGUUGCAAUUGUGAUAUCUCUAUCUCUACAGUUCUGAACAGUGGUUGCGUAUGUUAAGACUUCAGACUUUUUCUGAAGCUAUGAAUUUUCUUAACUGCACUAUUUUUGUUAUAUACAUACUCUCACGAAAUUUGUCAAGUUUUUAUGAAACGAAAUUUCCAUUGUCGGCUUACUCAAAUUUUGAUGU